GCAAGACUAUAACAAUCAGUACUCAUGAUCUUCAGGAAUUCACAUUGAUUAAUAUCACAUCAAAUUCUGUUUGUCUUCAGUUUCAAUAUGUCAGGGGCAGUACACCUUAUAUUGAUGUAAUUCUGCUUGCUAAUGAUGUAGACUAUAUUAUUGAUGGUUUCGAUAUAUCUCCUAAUGAUCAGUUGAACUUUAUUCAGUGUAUUACUAACAUACCAGCUGGUAAUAACUUAACACUGUAUGCAUGUGAAUGUGCAACCAUAUCUACUUGUCAAUCUAAUUCUCCUGCUGUAAUAACUGGUAUUAAUAUUACUAGUAGCUCUACAUCUUCAGUUCUAAUGUCAUUAGUUCAUUCAUCAUCAGUAUCACUCACAUCAACAGUAUUGACUACUCCUUCAAUGAUGUCUGUACCAAUAUCUACUUCACCAGUAGUAACUACUUCGUCAGUUCCAACUACUUUCACUUUAACAGUUACUACUAAUUCAACAAUUUCAAUUACUUCAUCAAUGACAUCUUCACCAAAAAGAACGCCUACUUCUUCUGUACCAACUUUGUCAAUUACAUCUGAAUUUGAAACGUUUCCUUCAUCAGUGCUGACUACUUCAACUACUUCAACAGUAUCAACUACUUCAACAGUACAACAAGUUAGAAGUAGCAUAAUCAUAGAUGAUAGCACAGAUACUCCUACCAUCAGUAGUUCUACUUCUAUCCGUACCACUAGAUUAACUAGUACAUUAGUGACAGGUACUUCAACUGUUUCAUCCUCAUCUGUUAUAGCACAUUCAUCCAUUGCUUUUUCAUCCUUAUCUUCGUUAUCCCCAACUUCUUUAUCUUAAUCUCUAUCUUCUUCAUCCAUAACUUCUUCAUUUUUAAUUUUGUCAUCAGUAACUUCUAUAGCUUCUUCUUCAUCCCCACCAUCUUCUUCAUUGACAGCUCCUUCAUUCAUAUCUUCUUCUUCAUCAAUUAUUGGACUCGCUUCUGGGAUAUCAAUUGCACUACUAAUUAUAAUAAUUGUUGUUAUAGUAAUUGUAGUGGUAGCAGUAACAGUUCAAUUUAAAAAGAGAAGAGGAAGAAUGGAAGUGACUACUAGU